GAGGCAGCAGCGCGGCCAGUGACGUCACAGGCCAAGGCCGAGAAUAAUCGGAGAAAGCUGACACGGAUCAUAUCUUUCGCCUUAAUUACCCCCUCUGUGUCCCUGAUUGAUUCCUUGGUAGCUAAAGGUCUGAGUGAACAUGGCAGUGUCUGGAAAUUACUACUUUGCCAUUGUGGGGCAUCAAGACAACCCAAUGUUUGAGAUGGAGUUUGUGCCCACCAAUAAGGAGCCCAAGAAGGAGGACCACCGCCACCUCAACCAGUUCAUUGCUCAUGCUGCACUGGACCUUGUAGACGAGAGCAUGUGGACCACCACCAGCAUGUACCUCCGCCUGGUGGACAAAUUCAAUGAGUGGUACGUAUCUGCGUUUGUGACGGCUGGGAGGAUAAGACUCAUAUGCCUUCACGAUGUGAAAAAUGAUGAUGGCAUCAAGAACUUCUUCAUGGAGAUGUAUGAGACCUACAUCAAGCACUCAAUGAAUCCAUUCUAUGUGCCAAACAGCCCUAUCAAAUCAGCAGCAUUUGAGAAGAAGGCACUGUUCUAUGGAAGGAAGUACCUCACCGGCUAGUGUAACAUAGAUGAACUUCUGGCUUAUAUCUAAUGAUCUGCAUGGAGACAUAAUGGAGGAAGAGUGAUUGUAACACAAUCUAAUUUGGGUUGUUCUAAAGAUCAGGAAGUUAUUCUGCACAUGGAAAAUGCCAUUGUCUCUCCAUUGUUUUAUUUUAAGAUAAUCAUCCUUGAACAUGAGGCAGGUGAUCACAAAGUCAUCACAUUACAACUGCCAUAUUGUUGUUAUGAGAGUCUGCAUUGAUAGAAAGAAAAAGAGGCAAAGAAAAACAAGCUUCUUUACUUAGAAUAUACAUGUAAAUUAAGUGAGAUCAGUUAAUUUAGUGAUGGGAUGAACCUAACCUGUCAUUUAUAACAUAAGCAUUAGUUGCUAAAAGAGAACAGUCGCUAAUUUACAGACAUCACUACCUUUUGACUCGCACAGUGAUAAUGAACCGAAAGUUAUUUAAAUAUGUACAGUCAUGGUCAGAAGUUGAAUAAUGUGCCCCACCUUACCCACCCCCACCUUUUUUUUUUAAUCUUGCUCAAUUUCUGGUCCUCUUAUCCAUUGAUACUCCCUUUGCAGAAACCAGAUUACUAACAAAUUAUAAGCUGAGGGAACUGGGGAUCAAGAGACCUCAAGACAGUGGAAAUGAGUGCAGGAAGUUAAGCCACUGUUGAUCAUAAUGACUAAACUAAUCAGAUUAGAGGAUGACCAUUUGAUCUUUUCUUUCAUGUUUGCCAGGGGGAUGCCAAGCAGAGAUGUUAAUUGUUAUCUGCCUUCUCUUGCCUCCACUGGUGAUCUUAAAUUGAAAGGUGUGUUUGUGUGUGUGUGUGUGUGUGUGUGUGUGUGUGUGUGUGUGUGUGUGUGUGUGUGUGUGAAGAGCAAUUUAAAAUGAAUGAAUGAAGUGCAUGUUUUGAUUAGUAAUUCCAAACUUACUUUAAUAUUUGAAAUUUUAUAAUUACCUCAAAUGGGACCAUGAUGUGUGCAACCAAAGAAUAAAGGCAUGUUAUUUA